UAUCAGGAUUCCUUCACAAAUAUGUUUAUUAAGGCAUCUGUAUUAAUAGCGCUUGCAGUGGCCGUCGCAGCCCGACCCGAGACUCCUUCCUACUCUCCUUCUGCUCACCCAGCCCCUUCCUACUCGCCUCCCAGCCCAUCUUACAACGCGCCCACCCACGAUGUUCCAGCCCAGUACAACACCCAGUAUGUCGUGAACGACGAAUACUCUGGAAACAACUAUGGACAUCAAGAGAACCGCGAUGGCUACAACACUCAGGGAACGUACUACGUGCAGCUCCCUGACGGCCGUCUGCAGAAGGUCACCUAUUACGUCGAUGGCGAGUCCGGCUACGUGGCAGAGGUCACCUACGAAGGGGAGGCACAGUAUCCAGCCUAUCAGCCCGCUCCAUCAACUUCUUAUCAGCCCGCUCCAUCACCCUCUUACGCUUAAUUCACAUGCUGUAUUCGAGAAAUAUGAACACCGAAAGUAGUAAUUUAUCUAUAAUAAAUAUCGUACCUGCUGCAUGGA